AUGUGCUUGAAUGGUGAAUUUAUUUUACCAUUUUCGUCAUCAAAGAAAAUAUUGUCAACUGGUGAAGAAAUACACAUUUCUUCAAAAAAGAAAGUAAAACCCCCCAAAUCUAAAGUUAAAUCUACUCACGUUUUUAAAUCUCAACCUGAUAAAAGUGCUCGUUUUAAUGAAGUCAACAUUCAAAUGAUUUCUCAAACUCUGUACAAUCAGUUAUUUAGUGAAUCAUCAAAAUGUGAAAUUAGUGAAAAAGAUUUGGAAAAAUUACAUCGAGAUUUAAGUAAACAUGGUAUGCUAGAAUCAAAAAUUGAAUGCCAGCCAAAUAUCGAAUUAAAAUUGCCACCCUUGGUGGGUAAAAAUGUGGAAGAACAUUUUGCAAAUAUUGCUGAGGAACAGAGUGGACCAUAUAGAAAUAUAUUAGAAAAUUUGAUUAAUAAUCAGUUACCAGACAUGCCUACAGAAUGGGUAUUCACAAGUGGUUGGACAAAGUAUACUAAAUCGGGUGCCCAACAAGUGGAUUAUCCAACAGAUGAUGCUUUAGUUUUUGAUGUUGAGGUAUGCAUGUCUGAAGGAAAACUUCCUACAAUAGCUUGUGCUGCAAGCAGUGAUGCUUGGUAUAGUUGGUGUAGUCCAUCCUUAAUCGACUCAGAAUAUUCUAUGAUUUAUCAACAUUUAACAACAGAUUUAUUAAUUCCAUUAGAAAGUAGUCAUUGCCAAUUGCCUUCGGAUUUUGAACAAAAACACUUAUGUCCUCGAAUUAUUAUAGGACACAAUGUUUCUUAUGAUAGAGCUAGAAUUAAAGAACAAUAUUGGCUUCAGCACACUGCCCUUCGUUUUGUUGAUACCAUGUCUCUGCAUGUCUGCAUAAGUGGAAUAACAAGUUAUCAGAGAGCAAUGCUUUCAAGUAAAUCAGAUAAAGAGCCUUCUUUUGAAGAUCAGUUUUGGAUAUCACAAGCUUCUUUAAAUAGCUUGAGUGAAGUUUAUAAGUUAUACUGUAAAAAGACUUUAGAUAAACUGCCUCGAAAUGUAUUUGUUGAAGGAACAUUAAAUGAUGUCCGAGAAGAUUUUCAGAACCUUAUGUCAUAUUGUGCAAAUGAUGUAAAAGCUACUUACAAUGUGAUUGAAAACAUUUUUCCUUUGUUCAAGGAACGGUUUCCUCAUCCAGCUACAUUUGCUGGAAUGCUUGAAAUUGGGUCUGCUUAUUUACCUAUAAAUUCCAAUUGGCUUCGAUAUAUAUCGGAUUGUGAUAGUACCUUUGAAGAUCUUGGUUUGGAAGCAAAAUUUCUUUUAUCACGGAGGGCCAAUGAAGCUUGUAAGUUGAUGCACGAUGAGAUGUAUAAAAAGGAUUUAUGGAUGUGGGAUCAGGAUUGGUCUACAAAAUCUAUUAAUUUAAAAAGACCUGUGAAAAUUAAAUUAAGAAAAUUACAAAAUUUUGAAUAUGAAAUAAAUCAUGAUGAAACAAUAGAUGAGUUAGAGGAAAAUUUUCAAAAAUUGGAAAAAAAGUUUUCCAAUUUGUUUGAUAUGAAAAGUUUAUUGCCGGUUAAAAGACCUUUAUUGCCUGGUUACCCAGCAUGGUAUUGUAAACUAUGUGAAAAACCAUCAGAAGAUUCUAACUGGCAUCCUGGUCCUCAAAAUAUUUCAACGUCAAUGCAAAUUACACCAAAAUUGUUGAGAUUAAGCUGGGAAGGUUAUCCCUUACAUUAUAUUCGAGGCCAAGGUUGGGGUUUUAUUGUACCAUAUAAAUCAAAACGAGAAGAUGAUGAAAUCACUGGACAAUUGCCAUUAGAUGAAUUGGUUCAAAAAUGCCCAGUUGCUACACCAAAUGUUUCUGCUACUGAAUCUCAAAGUGAAUUAGUGAUGGAUACGCUUUGGAAAAGCGUUCAGGAAAAUAUUUCAAAAAAAGAAUAUUGGAACAAGCCUAGGAAGAAAAUACCACCAUACCAAGGAACUGGUGUAUGGUGUAAUGUUGAUUUAGAAGAAUGUGCUUGGUUUAUUAGGCUUCCACAUAAAGAUGGGGUAUCUAAGAAAGUUGGUAAUCCACUUUCUCGUGAUUUUUUAAACAAAUUUUCUGAAAAUGUGUUAGCUGGUGAUGAUCAAUGUGCAGAGACAGUGAUACAUAUAGCUAGAAAACUUUCAUACUGGAAAAAUAAUCAUGAUAGAAUAAAACAACAGAUGGUAGUUUGGUUAAAGAAAAAUGAGCUUCAGGAAAUUGUUCCUAUUUCAAAAAUGGAAUUUGGCGCCAUAAUACCCCAGAUUGUAGUAUGUGGAACCCUCACUCGAAGAGCAAUGGAAGCAACUUGGCUAACAGCUAGUAAUGCCCAAAAGGAUCGUUUAGGUUCCGAAUUAAGGGCAAUGGUUCAGGCUCCACCAGGUUAUAGUAUUGUUGGGGCUGAUGUUGAUUCUCAAGAACUGUGGAUUGCAUCUGUAAUAGGUGAUAGCCAUGCAGCUGGAAUACAUGGUGCUACUCCAUUUGGUUGGAUGACAUUAAGUGGGAGUAAAUCUGAAGGCACAGACAUGCAUAGUGUUACAGCAAAAGCUAUUGGUAUUUCAAGAGACCAUGCCAAAGUUAUAAAUUAUGCCAGAAUAUAUGGUGCUGGGCAAAAUUUUGCUGAACAAUUGCUGAAGCAGUUCAAUCCCACAAUGACCACAGCAGAGGCUCGAAAUAAAGCUAAAAGAAUGUUCUCAUUAACCAAAGGGAAAAGAGUAUACUAUUUAAAAGAUAAUAUUGCAAUUGAAAAUAAUUUGGAUAUGCAAUUGAGCCACAAAAAUGGCUACACUGGAUAUGAAGCUUUAAAAAUGUCUGCAGUAUAUGGAAAAAGUGUCACAGAAAUGUUUGGAAAGCCGAAAUGGGAAGGUGGUACUGAAUCUGCUAUGUUUAACAGACUUGAGGAAAUUGCAGGAUCGGCUAAUCCUGUUACUCCCUUUUUGGGAGGAAGGUUAAGUAGAGCCUUGGAACCAAAUGAAGCCAUUGACAAUGAUAGAUUUUUGCCCACACGGAUAAAUUGGGUUGUUCAAAGUGGAGCAGUUGACUUCUUACAUCUGAUGUUGGUUUCAAUGAGACAUCUCAUGGGAAAAAGUUUAAGAUUCUGUCUUUCAUUUCAUGAUGAGGUUCGCUAUCUUGUAAAAGAUGAAAGUAAAUAUGAAGCAGCACUUGCCAUGCAUAUUACAAACCUCCUUACAAGAGCGUUUUGCAUACAAAGAUUGGGACUCAAUGAUCUUCCGCAAUCAGUGGCUUUUUUCUCAUCUGUCGAAGUCGACAAAGUUCUCCGCAAGGAAGCUACAGCUGAUUGUGUGACUCCUUCCAAUCCUCGGGGAUUGCAAGCAGCCUAUGGAAUUUCUCCUGGCGAAUCAUUGGAUAUAAUAUCUGCACUUAAAAAGGCUGAAGAAGAGAAAUUGAAAAAGUCUAAAAAUGCAUCUACUGCAAUUGAGAAUAAAAUUACUAAAAAAGCGUUAAACAAAAAUAGAAGAAUUAUUGUAAUAAAUAAACAAAAGAUAUAA